CGAAGUGCCCCACCCACUUCCUGUCUAGCGGAGGUACGCUCUUGUGCCGACAGAGAUCAGUGUAUUUCUUCUGAAGAGACACGAAGGAAUUAUCAUUCAUAUUUCUCCGACAUGUUAUUCAUAUUCUUGACAGUAUCCUGUGUUGUCCUUGGUUCCUCCAAAGGUAUAGAUCCUAUGGAAUUCUGCUUUAGCUCUAGUGCACGGCUACCAGAGCGUUGUACACCCAGUGUCUAUAAUGGCCCGCUGUAUUUUACUCCAAGAAAUGGUGGACAAAGGAAAUUGCUGAUGGAUAACAAGGAGGCUAAAGAUCCUCGGCUCGUUAUUAAACCAGACUCUGUUGUGCUGACGCAUUUGACUGAAAAGGAUGAUGGGACUUUUGCAGUUUCUGGUUCAAAUGGAGAGAUCAUAGAUAUUUUCUCCGUGAAGAUUUUGGACUGUGCCUCAGAGAUCUCAAAGGUUUAUGGGGAGGAACUGGAGUACGGUCUACCUCAAAAGGCUGUAUUCCUGGAGUUCACUCCGUUUCACCGACUAGACUACCCAGUGAUUCUGUGGAAUGGCACAAACUUUUAUGAAGCAAGAGUCCGAGUGGAAAAAUAUAAAUUUAGGAUGUCCAGACUCACCCAGGCAGACAGCGGCUUCUACAACUUCAAGCAAAAAGACAAAACUUUGGUGUCAAGACUUCGACUGACUGUACAAGGGAAUACCAGUUAUUAUGGGGGAGAACUAAAAGGGUCUGUGUCCAUUGCAUACCCGGAGUCUGAUGGUCCAUGGACUGUGACCUAUUUCCCUGAACAUGGAGGGGAAAAUGUAACCGUGAUAAAAGCAAGAGCUCUGGUCAGGAACGACAACCCGCUUCGUUCAAGAAUUCAACUUUUGCCCUCAGGCUUUAAAAUUAGUCACAUACAAAAGGGAGAUUCAGGCUUCUUUGAGUUCAGAGACCCGGCCGGGAACGUAGCUUUGACCUCGCACUUGACCAUUAUUGAAUCUCAUCAUGCGGUAACAUACUCUGUUGUUGCUGUUGCUUGUGUCGUUUCUGGUAUUAUCUACUGUGUGUCUCGCAAAAGAAGAUGCUGUAAUAGUUCUUCCACUGCGACUGCUCAGGCUGUCCAGCCAACAGCAGGACCUAACGUAUAUUACCAUGAUGCAAAUGGUCCUGCAGGCCCAGGAUACUCAGCAGGAGUGUAUCCUCCUCAGAAUAGCAAAGAUGUGGUUUUUCAUGAUCCUCCCGCCACCUUUCCAGGGCCUGUGGGUGGAAAUCAGCCUCCAGGUCCAGGAUAUUUCGCCCCACCUUAUCCUGCAGCGUAUCCUCCUCAGACAGUGAACGCUGUUGUUUCUAAUGAACCUACAACUACCUACUCUGGACCUGUGUUUCAAGACUUAAAUCAGCCUGCAGGUCCAGGAUUUUCUGCUCCACAUUAUUCUGCAGCGUUCCCUCCUCCAUUGGUGAAUGCUGGGACUUCUUAUGAUGCUGCAGCUGCUGCAUCUGGACCUGUGGGAUUUUAUCCACUAAAUAUGAACGUCUCCCAGGCUGAGAUGACACCACCGACCAAAGAGACGUGUGCUCCAGUUUCAGCCUUUGGUUCCAACAUUCUCUCUUCUGAUACUCAGCCGUCGUUUGAGUUGAACAGACUGAAUUUGUCUUCGGAUCUCCCACUUAAUACAGAACAGCCAUCCACUAAUGUUAAUAAACCAAAUGAAUUCAACUUUUUAUAAAAAGAAGGCCAUGAAAAUCUAGUAAUAUGUAAACUCUUUCAGCUUCUGACUGAAUUUAAAAAAAAAAGUUCUGUAUCCUGAUUAAAUAUGACACAUGUUGGUGCAUGAUAGGUGUGUUUUUUAAGUGUUUAUCUUUACUAUAAUAAUAUACGGGUAGUAAAUAUUUUAUGUCAUGGAAUAGCUAUUGUUUUUUUCUCAGGUAAAAAACCUCAACAGCUAGAGCUAUUUUUUGGUUUUAUGUAUAAAGUAGAAAUGUAUUUAUCUUAAACAUAAUACUGUAUAUUUUGCAUGUAUUAUGCAUCCUUAUAUUCAAAUAAUAUUUCUUCUAGCAAAAAUUCAAAAUGUAAAUUGUAUUAGUUCUUAAGACGUCUGUCUGUAUAAACCCAAGACCAUGUGGCUUGUAAAGGUUAGAGUAAGCAAGUUUACAUAAAUGUACAAUUUGAUAAGGAACCAAAAAAAGUCUAUUUAAGAAAUUUAAUUGUAUUUACACACUACUUUUCUCCCGACAUGUUUGCUAAUGAUGGGUGUGUCAAACAAAAGUGUAUUAUUCUUUUUUUUUUUUAAUAUACAGAGUUUGAACACUGAUUAAAAAAAAUAUUUUUAACACAUUUUUCUGUGUCUGGUUUAACUACUGUUAUGGAAAAAUGACUCAACUUCUUCAACGUUUCAUUUUUAAAAUUCUGGACUACUGUUUACUACCAGGCUACUAGUAAUAAUAAUUUUAAUAUUGAAAAACACAAUGUUUUGUCUUUGUCAGAACCUGCUCUACCUUAGUUUAUUACUUUUAUCGUUUAUUCUGUUGUUGAGUUAUGACUUUGAUAUGUUUGUUACCCUUGAAUGUAAAUAAAAUCUAAAUAGAGACAUUUAAAAAUGAA